AUGGUGGACCAGAGUAUUUUUACGGCAUUCCAGAUUGGGUGUACGAAGAAGAGGCCAAGCGGCGAGGCGCCUCCUGCUGGAGAAGAAAGUUACCCAGAAGUGCAACAACUGAAAUACCCCAAGGCCGGCUCGCCCAACCCAUUUGUAGACCUUCUGUUUUAUGAUAUGGCCCGGGGCGAUGUUUUCUCGGUCGAGAUUGAGGGAGGGUUUGCCGCGGAUGACUUGUUAAUUACUGAUAUCACGUGGGCUGGAAACAAGGUCCUCGUGAAGGAGACGAAUCGUGUCAGCGAUAUCAUGCGGGUUAUUCUAAUCGACGUCACUUCUAGGACGGGUAAGACGGUUAGGACAGUCGAUGUGGGCAAGCUAGAUGGUGGCUGGUUUGAAAUCUCACAUGAUACAACAUAUAUCCCGGCCGACCCUUCGAACGGUAGACCUGAUGAUGGCUACAUCGAUACUAUUAUCAAGGACGAUAGGGACCACAUGGCAUACUUCAGCCCUCUAGAUUCCGAAGAGCCUGUGAUGUUAACGUCAGGGAAUUGGGAAGUCGUGGCGGCACCUUCUGCAGUCGAUCUGAAGAAUAAUCUUGCAUACUUCGUUGCUACAAAGGAGUCCUCCAUCCAACGACAUAUUUAUAGUGUUAAGCUUGACGGAUCUCACUUAAAAGAGAUGAUCGAUGUCAGCAAGGAAGGUUAUUAUGAUGUUUCGUUUUCCGCCAAAGCUGGAUACGCCCUCGUCACAUACAAAGGGCCAAACGUCCCAACGCAAAAGGUCAUGAGCACUCCGGGCAACCCAGAGGCAAAGAAGCACGAGCUGCCAUUACUAGACUACGGUACUAUUACCAUAGAUGAUGUCGAGCUUAACUACCUCGAGCGCCGUCCAGCGCACUUCGAUCCGAAAAAGCGAUAUCCCGUGCUCUUCCAGCAGUACUCUGGUCCGGGCUCACAGUCGGUUGACAAGCGUUUCGCUGUCGACUUCCAGUCGUACGUUGCUUCCAACUUGGGCUACGUGGUUGUUACGAGGCUCAAGAUCAGAUCGCAGCAGCUAAGAUUCUGGGCUGAAAAGCCAUAUAUUGAUGAGUCGCGGGUUGCGAUUUGGGGAUGGUCAUACGGCGGGUUUCAGACACUCAAGACGCUGGAGCAGGACGCGGGCGCCACAUUUAAAUACGGCAUGGCGGUAGCGCCGGUAACAGACUGGCGCUUCUAUGAUAGCAUCUACACGGAGCGGUAUAUGCUCACGCCGCAACAGAACGGAAAUGGCUACGAUGGUACUGCAGUCAGCAACGUUACAGCCUUAGCGCAGAACGUACGCUUCCUUAUUAUGCAUGGUGUCGCAGAUGAUAACGUGCACAUGCAGAACACGCUCACGCUGUUAGACAAGCUCGACCUAGCUGGUGUCGAGAACUACGAUCUACAUAUGUUCCCAGACAGCAACCAUGGUAUUUACUUUCAUAAUGCGAAUCGCAUCGUUUACGAUAAACUAAACAACUGGCUCAUCAACGCAUUCAAUGGCGAAUGGUUGAAGGUCACGGAUGCGAAGCCUAUAACUAGUAAAGCGAAGAGAGAUAUAGAAAUAGUUAAGAAAUCGGGGAUCAAAGCCAGCGGUGGGCAGACGCUGCCGCUAUCAAGUUUAUCCGGGUUGGAUUUAUUAUAG